AUGACACAAUUUCGCCCUAUUAGCUUAUGUAAUGUAAGUUACAAGAUUAUCUCUAAGGUCUUAUGCCAGAGACUCAAGAAAGUGCUACCAGGUCUAAUCUCUGAAAUCCAGUCAUCCUUCGUUGCUGGAAGGCAGAUUUCGGAUAAUAUUAUGAUUGCGCAAGAGAUGUUUCAUGCACUGAGGACUAAGCCAAGCGGACGUAAUAAAAGAAUGGCCAUCAAGACAGAUAUGAGUAAAGCAUAUGAUAGGAUGGAAUGGUCGUUUAUUGAAGCUGUUAUGAGAAAGAUGGGUUUCUCGGAAACAUGGAUUACCUGGAUAAUGAGAUGUAUUACAUCAGUUCAAUAUAGAGUCCUCAUGAAUGGCCAGCCAAGAGGAAAUAUUAUUCCAGGGAGAGGCCUACGUCAAGGAGAUCCUUUGUCUCCUUUCAUUUUUAUUCUAUGCACGGAAGCGCUCGUUAGCUUUCUAAAUCACGCAGAGAACCAAGGGAAGAUAACGGGGAUGCGCGUCACACGCGCGUGUCCAUCGAGGAUUAAUGCAACCACAAGGCAAGAGAUAAAAGAUGUACUGGGAAUACAGAAUGAUGGAGGGAUGGGGACUUACUUGGGUAUUCCAGAAGAUAUUAGUGGCUCAAAGUGUAAGCUCUUUGCUUUCCUAAAGGACAAAUUAAUGCAUAGAGUGAAUGGCUGGACAGGUCGUUGGCUCUCGAAAGGAGGAAAGGAGGUAUUGAUAAAGUCCAUAUUGCUUGCUCUUCCGACGUAUGUUAUGUCUACUUUCCUGCUCCCAUUGGAGAUAUGUGAAAAUAUUGCUAGUGCUAUUGCUCAAUUCUGGUGGAGCUCAAAUCCCCCAAAAAGAGGAAUACACUGGUCGAAAUGGGAAAAAGUCUGCCUACCGAGAGAAGAUGGAAGGAUUGGAUUUCGUUUGAUCCAUGAAUUCAACCUGGCAUUGCUAGCAAAACAAUUAUGGAGGCUAGCACAAAAUCCGGAUUCUCUGGUUGCACGUGUCUUGAAAGGAAGAUAUUACAGACUAAGCUCGCCUUUGCGAAUAAAUUCUGUAAACAGUCCUUCAUAUGUGUGGACUAGUAUUUCUGCUGCGAGGGAGCUUUUGUUGUUGGGGAUAAGACAGAAAAUACAUUCUGGUUAUGAGGUAAAGGUGUGGGAAGACCCUUGGAUUCCAUUGAAUCCUGCUAGGCCAGCUAUACCUAUAGCGCCGGUGAUGCACCCAAAUAUGAGAGUGAGUGAUCUAAUUAAUCAGGAGUCGAAGGAAUGGGAUGUUGAGCUACUGGAGCAAUAUGUCAGGCCAGAAGACAUACCCCUUAUUAGGAGUUUAGCCAUAAGCAUAACUCAUAGGCCUGAUACAUUUUGCUGGAACUUUACACGAAAUGGCCAAUAUACGGUCAAGUCUGGAUAUUGGGUGGCUCAAAAUAUGUUGAAGGAGGUAGACGAAAAGCAAGGGGUAGAACCAAGCAUUACAAAGCUCCAAGCCUUUGCUUGGAAGAUAAAAGCGCCGAAGAAAAUUUGUCAUCUUAUAUGGCAAUUGUUAACUGGUCAGGUGGCAGUAACGAGAAACCUAGUAAGGCGAAAUAUGAGAUGUGAUAAUUACUGCCCAAGAUGUGGUGAACCAGAGGAAUCAGUGACACAUGCUAUUUUCGAAUGCCCACCUUCUCUACAAGUCUGGUUACACUCAUCAACUCCCACGAGUCCUGUUAUUUUUCCAGCAUCAAGUAUCUAUACGAAUAUGAACUAUCUCUUCUGGGAGAAGAAUGGUGUACUGGAACCAGACCAAGAUAGGGAUCCUUAUCCCUGGCUGAUUUGGCUCAAUUUAGUGGGUGUGGAUGGGUCUGAUUGGACAGCAGCGGAAACACACAACUCAUGGAAACACAGAACUUCCCCAGAAGAGAAUCAACUCUACAUUCAGAAGUGGAAGCACUACGAUGGGCGAUGGAGGAUAUGCUUCAACAUUCACAUGCCAGAACUUUGGAACGAACUGCAAGGAUUUGAUUACUAUGAUCAAAGAACCUCAAGACUCGCCAAGUUUUGCUACGUAACUAGAGAGGAUAGAGACACUGAUUAUAUGCUUCCCAGACUUCAAGAUUUCCUAUAUUCCUAG